AUGAUCACCAUCCGUCAAUCCGAUGUCCCAACCUACGUCAAGCCCUCCCGCGGCGUCCUAAUCGGUACCGCAGCCCCGACCAGUGCCGAGCAGCUCAUCAGGGCCGCACGCGCCGGCAACAUCGAAGCCAUCCAGCAGGGACUCUCGUCUGACGUGGACGUAAACAGCAGAUGGAACGGCACCACCGCGCUGUUAGCAGCCAUUGUCUCGGGGCAAUUCGAAGCAGUGAAAUGUCUUCUCUCGAAGAACGCAGACGUGGAAGCCCGCGAUAACGACGGGCUCACGAUUUUAAAGCUCGCAUUGGACAACAACCACCGCUUCAUUGCUGAGUAUAUCAUUAAAACCUGCCCCUACGUGACGGUCACCGAUCCACGGCUCCCCGAGGGCGAGGAGUGGCUCCGGGAACAGUUCAGGCUGAUUACAAACGCCGUGAAACGUGACAAUAGCAAGCCCCGAACCGAGGUCCUCAAGUACCUGAUCUCGGGCAAGCUUCCGGCUCGUGGGCGAUGUUUACUGGGAACAUAUCCUACUCCGAUAUAUCAGGGACGUGCCGUUGGAUAUUGA